AUGGCCAAGAGAAAGCACAGACAUAUCACCUUCUCAGGGUGUUGGACCUGCAAGGCCCGAAAGGUUAAAUGUGAUGAGAACCCACUAGGCUGCGCGACCUGCGCACGACUCGGACUAACCUGUGGUGGAUAUGAUAUUAAACUGCAGUGGAUCUCCUCAAACGCAGGUCGUCGACCCUGCAGAGAUCUUUCUGCACGGAUCGGGAGGAGGCGAAUUGGUGCAGGCUGGACUGGUAUCCUUCAAUUCAAAACAGACGAAAUCGAUAAAUUUCUUUACAGAGUCAAUGAGGAGGCUGAGCGAGGGGUAUCGACAACACAUGGCCCUUUUUCAGUGUUCCCUGUAGAUCGCAACUGUAGCAACCAUGGGACAUCUCUCGUUUUCUCAUCCGAGCAGGCACUACCGCGGGAUUCAAAUGGUGCAGCUCCCUUAGUGAGCUACUCGAAAGAGACGGAAGGUUGUGAAUUAAACUCGGAUGGGUCGAACUAUCAGACUUCAUCGUCACCCUCGAAUCUCAGCGUUCUCCCGCGUGAUACUUUAUCAUCACCCUCAAGGAACACACCUACUGAAGAUGAUGAGCAUAGCGAGUCAUGUUGCCACUUGCACUCUAUUGACGAUAAUGAAGCAUUGAAGGCUGUUUCGUCAGAGGAUGAGAACAACGUGGAUACGGACAGUGUAUUAAAUGCCACAGUUCCGUUAUUACAGCAACCGCAACUGUUUCUGUCGAGCAACUACAAGGCUAACGAGCUCUUUCACCAUUAUGUUACAAAUGUUGCUGAGAUAUUGCUGCCAGUUUCGCACCCAGGAAAUCCCUACCGAUCAUUGUAUGCCCCAGCAGCACUCGAGGGCUCUUUGUACUUCCAGUCUGGCCCUUUCAAUGCAGCGCCGAAUAUUGGGCUCUGCAUAUUCCAUUCACUCAUUUCCGCAUCCGCCUUCCACCUACAUCGGUGCCAUGAUUUUAACUCCGAGUAUCAUCGUCUUGGUAUCAUGCACCGACAAGUUGCACUACAGUCGCUCCAAAUGGUCUUGAUGAAAGAGAUACCUGUGCUUGACUAUAAGACCCUUUUGGUCGCACUUCUUUCUAUGGUCACAAUUGGAUGCUAUGAGUUCACAUACGGCGUCACAGCUGAUAUUGCAGCUGCGAUCCAGGAAACCACUAAUCUGUACGAGUGCUUAGAAUUUUAUCGCCAGGCCCAAGAAUCUGCCCCAGAUGAUCUUCUCCAAGCAUGUGAAGAUCUUGGCAAUCGGCUGCUUUCUUGGACCUUGGGCUCCGAUAAGAUUCCCGCUUUCAACGACAAGCGUGCGGAGGAAUUCGAUAUCUUCAAACACCAUUCCCACGCAUGGCAUGGCGCCGCCAUGGUAUUCUACCUAAAUUGUAUCCAAGGUGCCAAAGCUCCAGACUUGGUAGAUGAGGUUGCCACGGUUGCCUCUCAUAUGCUCGCUAUUGAAGAAAUCAAAUCGACGCGUGUUUCCAACCAGAUGGCUCCAGUCACUUGGCCGGCUUUAUAG